CAAAAAUGAACGAAAAUACGUUCUUUCUGUUUCCGGCUGUCACUUUGAGUGUGUGUCGCACGUGAAUUUUUUUUUAAGAAAAUCACAAAUUUUAUUUAAUAAAUAUGGAUAAACCAGUUGUUUGGGCACGUGUCAUCAAAGUUUUGGGCCGUACUGGCUCCCAAGGUCAAUGUACACAAGUUAAGGUUGAAUUCCUCGGAGAACAAAACCGUCAAAUUAUCCGCAACGUUAAGGGUCCCGUCCGUGAAGGUGAUAUUUUGACAUUGUUGGAAUCUGAACGUGAAGCCAGAAGACUUCGUUAAGACUAUUGAUGUUUUAGGGGAGUUGCACAAGUUGAAUUAAGACUUUAAAUUUAUUUACAAAAAGAUAUUCGCAUGCCACCCAAAUGACGUUUAAGGAAAUUGUGUGCUUUAUCUUUGUGGAUUAAAUUUGUAAAAAUUAAAUUGCAGAAAAAAUUGCUGUGAAUAUUUGAAAAAAUAAAUUUAAGGCCUUAUGAAGGCUUGUUAAAUUAAAAAGAA